CGCGCGGAGAAACCCCCAAGACAGAAUGUCAGGAAGCCUCGGUCAAAUGCCGAGGGCGCGCAAGGGUUUGGCCAAAUAUGGAAACAGAGCGGGAAUGUAUGCCAACUAACCCUGCAAAUGCAUUACUUAGUUGAAGUUGAAGAGCAGACAACAUAUAGAGCAGGGUUCCACGGCAAGCCCCACAGAGGACACUAGUUUAUCACAAAGACUUGUCAACAAAACUGUAACGCCAGUCAGCUGCAAGGAUCUCACGUAUUACAGUUUGUCGAUUGGUGGCGCUCACUUUGUACACGUGUACCUGCAUAAUACUCGCUUCCUUGUUACAAGCCUGAGCACAGUGAAAGUUCCAAGAGCACUGUGGGAACUAUUUGGGACCCGUUGGUUACAGUCUUAAUUCAGACAGAGUACCAAGACCAGCUAAGGAGCUCGUUGUAAUUGAGAAGAAUUGACAAGAAUUGUGUGAUUUGACUGCUCUAAGAUCGACUGCAUGAAGGAGCGGCGUAACAUCUUUCAAUUUUACCAGAAACAGAUCGAUAUGUGAUUUGAGGAUGCCAGUUUCACGAAACAAAACCAUGGAGAAACUUUUCAUCUGCGAUCUUUGCAGCAAAGCCUUCCCAAGGAUGUCAUCUGCUAGGCGCCAUCGCAAGACACACUUCGAUAUCCGUCAUGAGUGUGACUAUUGCGACAAGACUUACAGCCGUAUGGAGAACCUCACCAUCCACAAGAAGAUGAAACACGAGGACGACGAAAAGCGAUAUCAAGAUGACAUCAGCGACAUAGAUGACCGCGAAAUAGACGACAGCGACAGAGAUGACCGCGAGAGAGACGACCGCGGCAGAGACGACCGCGACAGAGAUAACCGCGACAGCCUAGACGACCGCGAGAGAGACGACCGCGAGAGAGACGACCGCGGCAGAGACGACCGCGACAGAGAUAACCGCGACAGCCUAGACGACCGCGAGAGAGACGACCGCGAGAGAGACGACCGCGGCAGAGACGACCGCGACAGAGAUAACCGCGACAGCCUAGACGACCGCGAGAGAGACGACCGAGAGAGAGACGACCGCGACAGAGAAGACUGUGACAGAGACAACCGAGAGUCACUUGAGCAGGUACACGACGAUGACAAGAAAUUUGUUUGCGGCAUUUGUUCCAAGGACUUCACGAGUUGUAGCCAUCUCAAACGUCACCUGGUCACCCAUAGUAGCAGACCACACACCUGCGACACUUGUAAGCUGGUCUUCUCGACGCGCUUCGGUCUUGAACAACACGAGAACGUAUGUCAUUCUAGCGACAGUCAGUACAUGUGCGACAUUUGUGACAAACGAUUUCGUCGCAAGUGUCAUCUGACUUGUCACAAGCGAACUCACACUGACGACAAACCGUACGUUUGUGAUGUGUGUCAGAAGUCGUUCUCGCUUUACGGCGAUUGUGAACGCCAUCGGAAGCUACAUUCUGGAGAUAAACUGCACGUCUGUGUCAUUUGUGAUAAGGCUUUCGCGCGACGUUCUGGCUUAAAGUACCACCUACUGAUCCAUGCUGAAGAAAAACCCUAUAAGUGUGAUCUUUGUGACAAAUCGUACGUAGACAGCCAAAGCCUGGCCAACCAUCAACGACAACACCAAGACAAGAGACCGUUUGAGUGUGACACCUGCGGCAAAGGUUUCACGAGGAAGCACGUCUUUAUCGCGCAUAAAGAUUGUCACGUAAGUCUUUUCAAAUGUGACGUUUGCGAGCAGAACUUUAAGAGCGAAUCCGACCUCUCCGAACACAGACAAACUCAUUAUAACGGGAAGCCGUUUGUUUGUGACAAAUGUGGGCGACAAUUUGCCCGACUUAACCUGCUAACCACACACAAACAUGUACACACUGAAGAGAAACCGUAUGCUUGCGACCUCUGUCCAAAUAUUUACAAGAGAAGUUCGACACUUCGACGGCACAGGAGGAGUCAUUUUGAUGUGAAACCGUAUGUUUGUGAGUUUUGUAAUAAAGCCUUCGCCCGCUCAGGCACUUUGAAAUGUCACCGAAGAUGUCACACAAAAGAAAGACCGUACAAGUGUCCCAUGUGCCCCAAGACAUUUGCCAACGCUGCGACUCUAAAUGGACAUAAGAGGUCGCAUAGUGACGAUAGACCGUUCGUGUGUGACAUUUGCUCCAUGGAUUUUAAGUAUAAGCCUACUCUCGAGCGUCAUAAGAAAAUUCACUUCAACGAAAGACCCCACGUCUGCGAUAUCUGUAAAAAAUCAUUCGCACGGACCUGUGGACUGAAAGAACACCAAAGGACGCACUCGGUCGACAGACCGUUCGCAUGUACCUUGUGCGACAGUAAUUUUGUCUCCAAAACUGACCUGAAACGUCACAUGCGGUGUCAUACGAAGGAAAGACCUUUCAAAUGCCCCAUUUGUUCCAAAGAUUUUGCUACCAGUGCCAGUGUGCAUCGCCACACGUUUACACACAACAAAGAAAAGCGAUACAGCUGUAAUAUUUGCGAAAAGACAUUCACGCGCCAUAAUACCCUUAAACUGCACCAGAAAACCCACAGUAGUGACAAGCCAUUUGUGUGUAAAUCGUGUGGUAGAGCGUUUGCCACGAGCACUGAGCUUGGACAGCAUUGGGCUUCGCAUCCAGAAAAGAAAGCCUAUGUCUGUAACAUCUGCGACAGACGUUACGCUGUGAAGAAGACCCUAGUUAAACACUUGCGGACUCACUCAGACAAACCCAAACCACACGUCUGUGAGUUUUGUGGAUAUGGUUUUUGGAUCAAAAGCCAUCUUUUGAACCACCGAAGGAUCCACACGAAAGAACGACCUUUUAAGUGUGACAUUUGCGAGCGUUCGUUUUCUCUUGUUCGCACCCUUACCGAUCACAGGAGGACGCACACGGAUGAGCGACCGUAUCCUUGCGACAUCUGUGGUCGAGCCUUCAGACAAAUUAGGGCCCGGACUGUUCACAGAAACAAUGUUCACAAAGCAGACGUCAUGCCAAUCACGACACUUUUGGGUGAUAAUCUGUAAACCAUGUUCUAAAAAAAAAAAAGUUGGCUGUCUGCGUUAUCAAAAUUCGAAAUCGAAGAAUCAUCACCACACAAUUUGAUCACCAUCAAGUAUCCUGUUCUUGCAGAUUUUGUGAACAUUCAAACGUACUGCCUAUAUACUGCAGGAGCUAUUGUGAUUCGGCUAGUUAACACUUCAUGUCUUGACAUUUCGCCAUUGACAUUUUGACCUUGAGUUUUAUUCAAAUGUGUAUUUUUUUUAAUUCCAUGCGUAAUCAAUUGUUUAUUACAGGUUGGCUACGGCCCUGCAAUUUGAUAUCAAUAAAUGCUAUUGCUUUGGAAGUUAAUUUUCGUGAUGUGAUCGCAGUAAGUUAAAACAAGUGUUUGGUCUCAUAGUUUGAUUUUGCAUGUCAUUUUCCAUAUUAAAUCUUGCCUGUGAAUACAUUUUUCAAAAAAGUGUGAUGGCUCUCUUUUUUGAUCGUUAAAAUGCUUAUGUUCAAUGAAUUUUCUACUUUGGGUUUUUUUUAAAGGACUUUUUGGGGUCAUCAUCAUCAUCUAUUGUUUUUGUUUCUCGCUUGAUUAAGUGUUAUUUGAAUCUUUUUUUAUUGACGUGUUCUUAGUCGAUAUGCCCUUAGUUAAAAAAAUAUGGUUGUUUCAUAUAUUUUAUAUUUCUUUUGUGGUUGCUUUUUUUCUUCAAAUAUUCAUAGGUAUUUUUUCUUGCUUUUUUAGCAUCUUAACUUAUAUUGCAUUUGCUCUGUUUUAUUAAUGUUUAUUUCUAACAAUUUGCUAACAAAGUGUUGGUCCCGUUUCUUUUGUUUUGUUUUUCACAGGUUGAAUGUUACGUAAAUGUUGG